UGGGGCUCCUGGGCAAUAGGGGAUCAUGGGGCCCCUGUGUCCUUGCCCAAACUCAAAAAAAUCUAUGAAAAAGGUACCAGGGGCAUCUCAUGGGGCCCCCUACUGACCCCAGGCCCUCGGGCAGUGCCCGAGUUUCCAAAUGGUCAGUCUGCCCCUGGGUUUAACAGAGUUCCAGUUACACUCAAAAGGAGGGAGGUGUGGCAGGCAGAAAGUGAGUCUGAAGAAGAGAGGGUAAAUUCUGGUAAUUUAAACCUUUAAGACAUAAGAUAAUAUUUUUACGUUCUUUUGAAUGCGACAAAGUGAUCACAUAUA